AUGAAGAACGUCUCCACCACAUUGAUUGCCGUCAUUUUCUGCCUCGGCCUGACUGCAUGUCUUGCCGAUGAAUUUGAUGACUUCGGUCAUCAAUCAGCAUAUUACCCACAAUACAGCAGCGGAUAUGUCAGUGGUGUUUCUUCCGGACUCGGAAUGACACAUGGAUACAGUGGAUACGGAAAGGGAGGUCACGGAUAUGGCAAAAAAUACGCCGAAGAAACCAUAAUUCGUACCCCUGUGAUGCCUAUGCCUAUGCCUAUGGCCUUCCCACCUCCACAACAGACUGGUGGCAUCGGCAACGGUCUGUUUGGAACCGGAACCGGAAGCGAAGAGAUUGCACUAAUCUUGUUUGCCUUAUUCGUCCUGCCAAUCCUCCUGAACGGUGGUAAUGGUCUCUUAGGAUAA